ACGCAGUACAAAGUGUAAUUGUGUGGUUGCGAGAACACCCACACGUAUUCGCUAAUUGUGUGUGGACAACCGGUUAACUGCAGUCCAAACUUGAACAAAGUGCAACUUUCGCAUUGUCCUGAUUCUUGAAAAACAUAAAUUCCGAAUUUUUAAUUAAAAUAUUUCUCUAUUUUUACGGGGCCUUGUGACGUCAGCCGGCUGGAGCAACCCCACAUGGGAAAGAGCAAAGCAAAGAGCACACGUACGAUUCCGAUUCUGAUUCUGAAGUUGAAAACAUUCGUUCAUUGAAAUGGCGCAGAGCGUUCCAAUUGCUCGUGCCAUUGGCGGGUACAUCUUUGGUCUGCUCCAGGCCUGCAUUCGUUUUGUUUUCCGGCUAAUCUAUGGCUCCAAAGGAGAGAGUGUUCCCCCGAUCACAGAUCCCAUUCUGCUGGAGUCAGCCACGUCGCUUGCUAGGAAGAUCCGCAACCAGGAGCUAAGCAGCGUUCAGGUCCUAGAAUCCUUCAUAAGGCGUAUCAAGGAGGUAAACCCCAUUCUUAAUUGCGUGGUGGAUGAGCGCUAUGAUCAAGCAUUAAAAGAAGCAGCCGAAGCGGAUGCUCUUAUUAAAUCUGGCAAACUUAGCGUAGAGGAGCUGGCCAAGCAGAAACCCUUCCUGGGUGUGCCCAUCACAACCAAGGAUUGCAUUUCCGUAAAGGGCAUGCUGCACACAGCGGGUCUGUAUGAACGUCGUGACGUGCGUGGUGCAAAGGAUGCGGAUGCCAUGGCCCUGAUGCGCAAGGCAGGAGCAAUUCCGCUCGCCCUCACAAAUGUCUCUGAGGUGUGCAUGUGGUGGGAGAGCAACAACACGGUGCACGGCAGGACACGGAACGCCUAUGACACGAAUCGAAUUGUGGGAGGAUCGAGUGGAGGCGAAGGCUGUAUCCAGUCGGCGGCUGCCUCUGCUUUUGGUCUGGGCUCCGACAUCGGCGGUUCCAUUCGCAUGCCGGCCUUCUUUAAUGGCAUCUUUGGCCACAAGCCCAGCAAGUUGGUGGUGUCCAAUGUGGGCCAGUUUCCGGCGCCGUUCAGUGCCGAACAGAACUCCUUCCUGGGCCUGGGACCGAUGUCACGAUUCGCCGAGGACUUGCGUCCCAUGUUGAGGAUUAUGUCAGGCGAAAAGGCUGCCCUCCUUAAUCUGGAUGAGGAUGUGGACCUUACCAAAUUAAAGUUUUUCUACCAAGAGUCCGAUGGCGGCGGUCGUUUGAUUUCCGCCGUUGAUCCUGACUUGAGACAGGCCAUGAACCGAGUGGUGCAGCAUCUGAGCGAGAAGUUCGGCAAUCAAAAGGUGGAGCGCAUUCAGCUGCCGCAGUUCCGCCAGUCGGCCGCCAUCUGGUUCGCCAAUAUGCGUGACGACAGUGGCCACGGAUUCGCUUAUCAGCUGGGCAACCUGGACCACGACAUUAACACGUACCUAGAGCUCUUCAAGUGGUUCUUCGGUGCCUCAAAGCACACGUUCAUUGGCUUGUCAACGGCCAUCAUGGAUAGUGCCCAGUGCAAGCAUGGAUCACCCAAGUACGAUCAUCUGGUGCGCAAGCGCAAUGAACUAAGGGCAGAGCUACAGCGCCUCCUAGGCGACAAUGGAGUGCUGAUCUACCCCACGCACCCGACAGUGGCCCCAUACCACAAUGAACCCAUAACGCGACCGAUUAACUUUGCCUACACGGGUAUUGUAAAUGUGCUUGGCUUCCCGGCCACCGCUGUUCCACUGGGCAAACUAGGAAGCGAGGGUCUGCCCCUCGGCGUCCAAGUCAUUGCCAACUUUAAUCAGGAUCGGCUGUGUUUGGCCGUCGCCGAGGAGCUGGAGCGAGCCUUCGGUGGAUGGGCCAGACCCGAAGUUCGGCUAUGAGGCCAGUCUCAACUAUUUGCAUACGUAGGCGCGUAUGCAGCUUAGCUAGCUGUUAGAUAGUAGUGGUUAGGGUAACCUUGUGGACUUUGCCUUUAACCUACUCCCGUGCAGAAACCCACCCACCCGUGUAUUCGCCUGGCGAUAAAAGGUAUUCCUUGUAUGUACUCCAGUGCCUCUUUUUAAUAUCAAUUUUCGAGGUGGAAUUAUCUAUUUUAUAUGUGUUUUUAAACGUAAAUUAAUCAGCGAUCCGUGCGGAUUCGUUCCCGUUUUGCAUUUAUAUUAAAUAACUGCAACCUAA